CCCCCCCCAGUGUCCAUUUGUCCUCCUCAGCAGGUCUUCUGGAUGAACUGGUUUUGUUUUGUCCUCCUCAGCAGGUCUUCUGGAUCUCCGAGGAGCAGGAGCAGUGACUCUCCUCGUCUCCGGGGGAAAGACUCUCCUCGUCUGAGAGGAAGAGAGUCUCCUCGAUCCAAAGCCAAGAAGAACCGCUCCAAAGGGAGCGACUCGCCUCGCUCCAGAGGAUCUCACUCACCAGCAGCUAAAGACUCCCCCCGUCUGACUGGCUCCCCCCGUCUGACUGGCUCCCCCCGUCUGACUGGCUCCCCCUGUCUGACCAGCUCCCCCUGGACCAGGAGCUCAGACGCUGUCCCCUUAAUGAAGGGAUCCUGCAGCUUGUCUGGUCCCUCCAGAGAGGACGGCUCUCCUGGACCUGAGUCUCCAGCGAGCGUCAGAGGAUCAGACUCUCCUCGCCCGGGCAGAGAGUCCUCUUGUCCCAGUUUAUCUGGAUCCUUUGAAACCACACAGCUCCCCCCCUCGCCCCCCUCCCUCCUGUCAGAGGACGAUGUGGAGAAGAGGCGUGCAGAGGCAGAGCGCCUCCUGGAGGAGGCCGUGUCCUCGUGGAAGGAGGCGCAGGAAGUCCUCCAGGAGGUGAAGGAGCUGCAGAGCCAGACUCUGAGGAGGCAGCGCAGGAGGACCUACGAGAAGAUGACAGUAACAGCUGCAGCCCCUCCCUCGCCAGCUGAUGAGGACGACACGCCCACGUCUCCCACAUCGCCUGAGGACGAGGACGAGUCGGAGACGCCGUGACCACAAACUCCUUUUUCAUAUCUGACUUCUUAAUGAAAGUAGCAGCGUGUUGAGCUGGCAGGAUUUGGAGCUUUUUGGACUUUUUAAUUCUAUUUCUAAAAUCUUUUCAUCUUUUAAUCCAGGUAUGAGGGAGCAGAACACUACGCAAAGAGGAUUACUCAGAAACCAGAGAUCCAUUUCUUCCCAGGAGCUUUAAGGACUCUAAUCCUGCUCAGAGAGAGAGAGAGAGAGAGGUGCUCCCUCUGAUGGUGCUGCACGCUCUUCUUCUUCUUCUCCUCCUCCUCCUCCUCCUUCUUCUCCUUCUUCUCCUCCUCCUCCUCCUCCUUCUUCUUC